GAAAAUGAUACCAUUAGAUCUGAGUGCGACCCCACACUGCGUUCAAAAUCCCGUCUCAUUUCCUAUUGGUCUGCCUGUUUCCAAAGUAGAUGUAAAUGAAACCAGAUUAGAGUCGUAGUCGUCCCCAUUCUUUCUGGACUUGUCCCAAAGCGAUUGUCAUGUGAUAAUAAAGGGACCUGCAUGGGGUCUCAGCAUCUCUGAGAUCAUAACAAAACCAGGCUGGAGACGAGAGAGAGCGCGCACAUGAAACACACACACAAGUACGAAACACUGCCGACCUUCUCCAGGCAAGCAGCAGCCAGUUAACCUGCGCCUUCCCUAAAUAGAUGAUUUAAAAUUAAAUCAAGGGACACCUUUCUUCAGUACUGCACUUGGAUUGUAGCUGCUUUCUGGGAUUUUUUUAAAUUUUUUUUAAUUUUUUUAUCUUCUCUGGGAGUCCUUUCUGUGAGCAGCAGUGGAACUUUACAUUAUCAGUUUGUUAUUGCACAUUUGACACGGACAAUACACACGUGUACAGUACAGAAUACGGGACAUUCUUCUUUUUAAAGUGGGAGUAUUGCUCAAAGAUUUACUUUGAUCGUGAAUAGAUUCGUUUAUAGAUCUGUACUUAAAAAAAACGUUCGUGUUUUUUCUAAUGCUAAGACAUUGUUUUUUUUUUUAUAGACGCACGAAUAAGUGAUUAUACUUGCUCUUUAACAAGUUAAAAAAUGCCUCGACCGGGGAAAAAUUCUUACAGUGACCAGAAACCUCCUUAUUCUUACAUAUCCCUUACUGCCAUGGCUAUCCAAAGCUCCCAAGAAAAGAUGCUACCGUUGAGUGACAUUUAUAAAUUUAUAAUGGACAGGUUUCCUUAUUACAGGGAAAAUACGCAGAGAUGGCAAAACUCCUUGAGGCACAACCUAUCAUUUAACGAUUGUUUCAUCAAGAUCCCAAGAAGGCCAGAUCAGCCCGGUAAGGGGAGUUUCUGGGCUCUGCACCCAGACUGCGGGGACAUGUUUGAGAACGGCAGUUUCUUGAGAAGACGAAAGAGGUUCAAACUUCUCAGAGCUGAGCACCUGGCGUCCAAAAACUCUCAGAUGCUCCACUAUUUCCACCAUCACCACCACCAGAACAAACUGGGCAUCGGGCCACCUGAGGCUGCUGCAGGUGUUGGGAGACUGCCCCAGUUCCAAACUUACAGCAUUAACGGAGGACAGUCGACUGGAUUUAAACAUCCCUUUGCUAUUGAAAACAUCAUAGGAAGGGACUACAAAGGUAUGAUGGCUAGUGGACUUCCUAUAUCGUCAGUGAUGCAUCACCUUGGGUACCCAGUCCCCAGUCAAAUAAGCAACAUGGUGAAUUCAAUGUGGCCUCACGUUGGCAUGCUAGAGUCUAUGGCACCGAUGCCAAUCUCUCCAGAUUAUGGACCCUUUGGGGUACCCAUGAAGACACUCUGCCACCCAGCCAGCCAAACGAUGCCAGCUGUCCCGGUUCCAAUAAAGCCGACCCCUUCUCUGGCAGCGGUCUCUGCAAUAUCUAAUCUCGCUAGGAGUCCGACACAACUCUGCUCAUCAUCAACUUCUUCCCUGCUUGGUCAAACUCUUUCAGACUCCACAGAAGGAAAAAACAACUUUUUGCACCCAGCUGUCGUCCAUUCUUAAGAACGAACUGGGGCUGAUUCCAAAUAGUAUCACUUACAGACUAACACAUUCAAAGUAUAUGCUUUUGGAACAGACAAUUAAAAACGUUCAGUGUUGAAAGGUAAACUGCAGAGCUGCAUAAUUUUGUAUCUCAAACUGCAGGUAAGGUAUUUUGUUAUGGCAGUGCGAUGCUUAAUUUGAUGUAAUUUAAAAACAAUAACAAAUGUAUUGU